AUGUUUACAAUUAUGAAUUUGCUUGCCAUAAUAGUUCUUUUUAUCGCUGAAAAAUGUCUCGCAGACAAUAUAUAUUUUGUAAUGGAUCUUGAUUUAUCAGUAAGAUCACACAAAUGGGUAAUUACUGAACAUGACUAUAAUGGAAUUCGCUAUUAUAUAUUCAGUCCUUCUUUUGGCUAUGAGAUAGCUGCUAUAGUUUACAAAGGUCAAUAUAUGUUCGUAAGGCCUUCAGUAGAAGUCGUUGCUGCUGUGUUUGUUUAUUACGUCGAAGAUCAAGGUGGAUUGCCAUUAAUUUUGAUUCAUUCUUACGGAUACCAACAUACACCUUUAGUAGAUGCACCUACUUUGGAGGCUGAACGUACUAAUUGCUUAAUAAUUUUCUUGAAUUCCAUUAAAGAAGUUUUGCCAGACAAUAGAUUUGUACAGGAAAGGUUAAAAAAUGUAGACGCAGAUCACGAUCCUUUUCAGGAAUCUAAAACUCUUAAUGGUUUUAUAUUCAGGGUAUACAAAAGUAUAUCAUUCAGGGGCGAAACUCCUAAAUUUAAAGAGAUAUUUAAAUCAACCCGUCCUAGGCCAAGUGUUACUGGUGCUCAACUUUAUCAAAAGGAGGAAAGACCUGGUACUUCCACUGAAACUGCCCAGACUCAAGCUCAGGCAUCUGGAACAUCUCUACAACCCUCACAAUCAGGUGAACCAUCUCAAACGGAACCGGAAGUUGUCGUAAUAAGUGAUUUUAGCGAAUCGGAUUAUGAGGGAUCUGAGUCGGAUUAUGAUGGAUCUGAGACAGAAUCUGGAGAAACUGAAGGAUCUGUAGAAUCUGGAGGAGAAUCUGAAGAAUCUGAAAUGGAAUAUGACAAACCUCCCAAGAGGAGGAAAAAUGAGGAGGAAGAACCUGAACAAUCAGAAACUAUUAUGAUCAGUGACUCUGGUGAAUCGGAUGAGGAAACAUAG